UUCCAUUAGUUGUGUUAUUAACAAACUCAAAACCUAAAACCCAAAACCCACAACGACAUAAGCAGCACAAAACUUCCCGCCACAACGCCGCCGCUCGCCGGCCAUCUCCACUCCGAUCACCGUUGCUCCACCUCUCUCCGUCCCUUCCAAUGGCAGCCUUUGAGCACUUCAAAGACAUGUACGACGUUGCACUGAAACCACGCUUGCUCAACACUAUCAUCAGAGAACACCUCCCUAGCGCGGAUCAUCCCUUUUCCAACCCUUCUGAACUCUCCAAAGUUGUCUCUUUGAUCAAAACACACUCUCUUUUAUCCGACUCCGUAACCGAAUCGUUGGACCCUAAACUAAUUAAAUCUUUGAAAUCAUCUUUUACUUCAUGGGUCGACCGUCUUUUGCUCCUUAUUUCUUCCCAUGAGCCUGAUAAACGUUGGGCAGGAAUAUCCUUGCUAGGGGUAACUUGUGAAGAGUGCAGUUCUGAUCGUUUUGAAGAAUCUUACACUGUGUGGUUCCAGAAGUUGCUAACUUGUCUACAGUCACCGGCAGAAUCUCAUUUAGUGAGGGUGGCUGCUUGUGCUUCCAUAUCUGAUCUACUUACAAGGUUAAGUGGAUUUCCAAAGUUCAAGAAAGAUGGGUCUGCCUCUGCUGUAAAAGUUGUUCAGCCUGUUCUAAAGAUGUUACACGAUGACAACUCAGACGCAGUAUGGGAAGCUGGAGUUCAUGUAAUAUGUACCUUGAUAACUUCAUUCCCAUUUUCUAUUCAGCGUCAUUAUGAUAGUGUUGAAUCUGCUAUUGCAGUUAAACUUGUGUCUGGAGGAUGCAGUCAUGAUAUGAUGAAGAAACUUGCACAUUGCCUAGCGCUACUUCCAAAAUCAAAAGGAGAUGAAGAAAGCUGGUCUGUGAUGAUGCAGAAAAUUUUGAUUUUAAUAAAUGAUCAAUUAAAUUUGACAUUUCAAGGUCUAGAAGAAGAAACCAUUCGUAAGGAGUUCAAUGGGUUGUUAAUUCUGCCUGGGAAACAACCUCCACCACCUUUAGGAUGCGAUGUAUCAACAGAAGAACCUAGUACUAACACAAAAAAGAGGUCUAAACAAUCACGAACAUCUAAUGUUUCUUUACUCAUGUCUGGAUGUUGCAUGCUUCUCACGAAUACAUAUCCAGUUAAGGUUAAUGUACCUGUGCGCCUAUUAUUGGUCCUUGUCGAGAGAAUUCUGAUGGUAAAUGGCGCUUUGCCAGAAAUGUCAUUGCCAUUCAUGACCGGCAGACAGCAAGAGAACGUUUGUUCAGAACUUCCAGUUUUGCAUAUGUGUAGCCUGGAAUUGCUUGCAGCUAUUAUAAAGGCGACAGGCAGUCAACUAUUACCGCAUGCUGCCUCUAUUGUACGUUUCAUCACAAAGUACUUCAAGACAUGUGCGCUGUCAGAAUUAAGGAUUAAGAUAUAUUCCAUUGCAAAAAUUUUGCUCAUAUCCAUGGGUGUUGGAAUGGCUUUAUGCCUGUCGAAGGAAGUUGUCAAUAAUGCUAUUGCUGAUUUGAGUACCAUAGAGAAGAAGAAUGGAGGCAUGUCGAAUGGUUCUAAUACUGAUGCCUCCACUGUAGCACCGCUACCGGCAAGUAGUAAAAAAAGGAAGCACAGCAGCACAACUGGUUCUCUUCAGGAAUAUGAUGCAGGUGGUGGUUUAGGAGUGGAAGUUCCAAAGAAAUGUACCGUUGCUCCAAUUUCUCUGAGGGUAGCUGCACUUGAGACAUUAGAGGCUCUUAUUACCGUGGCUGGUGCUUUAAAAUCAGAACAGUGGAGAUCCAAAGUUGAUAGUCUUUUGAUAGUCAUAGCAAUGGAUUCUCUCAGAGAAGGUUCAUCUAGUGAAGAAAUAAAUGUGUUUCAGAAAAAGGAACUUACUGCAACUGCCGCAGAUUUGCAGCUUGCUGCAUUGCGUGCUCUUUUGGCGUCUUUUCUUUCUGUGCCGCGGCCCCCAUAUUUAUCACAGGGCCUUGAACUUUUCCGUAGAGGAAAACAACAAACUGGAACAAAGCUUGCUGAGUUCUGUGCCCAUGCUAUGUUAACCUUGGAAGUGCUUAUACAUCCCAGGGCACUUCCGCUGGUUGAUUAUGUCCCUCCAAACAACAAUACUUAUGAUGAAGUUCACUUCAAUUUCCGAGAUGAAUGUGUUAGCCGGAACCACACUACUCCAUUUGGUUUGCAUCAAACAGAACCUCCCGACGGUGUUAAUAAUAUGUUUGCUGACUAUUUGGCAAAUGGUGACGAUGAUAUGGGUGGGCUAUGGAAGGAAAACAUGAAAGACGCCAAAAAGUCUUCUGAAAUGGCGACACCCCUGCCUUCUAGCGCCGAUAUCCAAGAAAGGAGUGAGAUGGUAACUGAGACUACCACAUGUGCAGAUGUUGAGAUGAGAACUGUCGAGAAUGAAACUGUAUCCAAGUCAGAUAAUCCUGGAGAAUCUGUCACGCAUUUUCAAGAACCUGCCACUUGCACGACAAGCAAUCCGGCCGUCAUUGACAUUCGUGGUGAUGCAGCUACUAUUACAGAGGCGGAGAGGAUUGUUUCAGACAGUGCUAUAGCUCAUAAUGAAGCUAAACAUGUGGAAUUAGCUUCACAGAGCAGAAGUUCAGCACAGUCAUCAGACACUAAUAUGCUUCAGCAAUUUGCAUUUAAGUUAGAUUACGGCAAUUCCGUGGAUGACGAUGAUGAUCCUUUUCCUGAUAUUGUGGAUGGAGACCCUGAUUCUGAAUAAGGGGAAAAUUUUGAAUCUUUUUCCAUUGAAAGAAGCACAAUUCAGGGCAGUAACAAUAUUUAUUUUAUCUUCUUUUAUAUGUUUUCAUUAGGUACGUAAUGCUGUUGUAUGCAACUUUUUUGACAGACCAAAAAUAUAUUUAAUAUAUUUUUUAAAGGGUUAUGAAUUACAUAUCUUUAGUUUCUGGUACUCUUUAAAUGGCACAAAAAGUUAAAAAUGAGACCACAAGAAAAGGUCACCUUCCUCUU